UGAGCUGGCAGAGUCUGGGGCUGGUCUUGGAGGAAAGGGAGACACGGCGGGCUGACGGACUCUGGUCGGGGCUUGUCUAAACCAGACAGCCGCCUCGAAAUCUCCUCAUCGCCCGUCCCUGUACGCACCAGCGGAGGAACCCAGGGGCGACGGUCAGACGUGGGAAAGACUGCAGUGGCACCCUCCCCUCCCUCAUCCUCCGAGCCCCCCCGCGACCACCAUCGCCAAUAAGCGAUGCACUUUAUACGCGAAGUCUUUUUUUUUUUUCUUCAUUAUUUUUAUUUAAAGAAUGCAAGGUUACUCUGAACUCGGGUUUCUGAAUGCGAAAGGACGUGCAUAUAUUUCUUGGAAACUGACAGAUGCCAAAAAAACCUUUUUUUUUUAAGAAUCGAUUUUUCUUGUGAAGUAUUUACAAAAAAAAUAAAUAAAUAAACCCAGAUGGUUUUCAACGCGAUUUUCUACUCUUUUUUUUUGAACGGCGAAGGGAGAGACCGUUAAAUUUUUUUUUUAUUUUUAUAAAAAGCUCGUUUGCAGCAAAAGGAUUUAGAGAGAGAGGGGGAAAAAGUUUACCAAAAAAAAACAAAAAAAAAAAAAAGAGAACCGGAGAUUACGACCUUUCAGCGAGACCGGGACAUUCCGAAGUUAGGAGCAAAGCCGGCGACCCAGCACGUUUGUCCCUCCCUCAGAUCAUCUUCCUCGCUUUGAGUGAAUCGCAGGCUGUAAUGGAACACUCCGCCCGCAAAGCCCUGACAAGUGAAGUGGCUGUCUUAUCUGGGCUAUCUGGGCUCCCUGCCAGGCGUGUCUGUGAGUAGCGCCUGCGGAGCUGCCCGUCGCCGCGGUGAUGCUGUCCCUAGACGAGCCCCUGGACCUGAAGCUGACCCUGUCGAAGGUGCGGGGGGCGAGGGGGGACCCCCCUCCGGACUCGCACGGCGCCCGGCAGUGCCAGCUCAAGCUCGCCCCUGAUGGAAGCACGGUGAUCAUGUCAGCUUUCCCCUCUUCCCCGCACACAGGUCAGUCCACGCUGCCCCGCUCUCAGUCCCAGGAGAAGCCUGAACCCCAAAACACAGCCACCCCUGCAAUGGGGCUCAGCCUCUCCCCGCCCCCCGGCCCCGCAGAGAUGCCUGAAAGGAACGGGGCGUCUCCCAGCUUCAGCAGGGAUUCUCCACCAAUCCGGUACUUCGAGGGCGGGGCUAGUUCCCAGGGUUUCCAGUUCUUUCUGCCUAUUGGUGCAGGGGGCGGGCUCCACCUGCCAUCCUCCAUGUUCAUUGGCCCUCCGAAAGAGAAGCCCGCCUCCCCAGAGCUCGCUGCCGACGAGCAGCUGGCCUGCCGCUGGGUCAAGUGCAACCUGCUCUUUGAUUCGCUGCAGGACCUGGUUGACCACGUGAAUGAUUUCCACGUCAAGCCUGAAAAGGAUUCUGGGUACUGCUGUCACUGGGAGGGCUGUGCCAGGAGGGGGCGUGGCUUCAAUGCCAGGUACAAGAUGCUGAUCCACAUCCGCACCCACACCAAUGAGAAGCCGCACCGCUGCCCCACCUGCAACAAGAGCUUCUCCCGGCUCGAGAACCUCAAGAUCCACAACCGCUCGCACACAGGGGAGAAGCCGUACAUCUGCCCGUACGAAGGCUGCAACAAGCGCUACUCCAACUCCAGCGACCGGUUCAAGCACACGCGCACGCACUACGUCGACAAGCCCUACUACUGCAAGAUGGCGGGCUGCCUGAAGCGCUACACCGACCCCAGCUCCCUGCGCAAGCACAUCAAGGCUCACGGGCACCACGUGAUGCACGAGCAGCAGGGGAUGCUGCGGCAGGGGGGCAGGGGUGCUGAGGGGCCCUACGUCAGCGGGGCACACAUCAUCAUCCCCAGCCCGGCUGCCCUCUUCGGCAGCCACGCCCUGCAGGGUCUGGGCCGCUCCCUGCCUCUCCCGCUGAGCGCCAGGCCCCUGGACCUCAGCGCGCUGGCCUGCGCGGGCUUGGGGUCACCCUCCCUGGGUGCCCUGGCCAACCCAGUCCUCUCCCUCAACAGUACUCCCGUCGGCCUGACCAAAUCGCCUGUGGUCUCUUCCAGCUUCUCCGCCGGUGGUCUGGGGCUGCCCCUUGUUUCUUUGGUGACCGGGGGGUUGUCGCAAAAAAGCAGGGCGCUGUUCGGGAAGCACUCCAAACUGCCUGGCUCCAAGCCUGCCAGCAAGCUGAGACCCAGAGGGGAAGACCUUGGGGGCAUGCCGGGGACCGUCCUGAAUCUCUGCACCGGGGCAGGCGCUCUCUCCAGCCCUGAGUCGCUAACCCAGGGCUGGGUGGUCAUUCCUUCUGGCUCAGUUGUCCUCAAACCGGCCGUUGUAAACUAAUCCGCAUUCCUGGGGGGGUGGGGGGCAGUCUGUAGACAUCAGGAUGUAAAGGGGUCGCUCGUCCUGAAGCUCAGAGCUCAGAUAACAUUUCCUUUCCUCUAUACAGAUUUCUUAAAGACAACGGUGGACAGUACCACGCGAUGGCAUUCCUUUUCUCUUGUGCUUUAACAGGGAGGACCAUGGUUUUUAGAGGCAGUUUGGCAGAAACCUCUCGCUUUGGACUGGCGGUAGCGCUGUCCAUGGAAUCAGCUGGUCAUCUCAUCACCUUAUCUGCAUUUCUGAUUUACAUGCAAACACACCAAACAUUCAUCCGAAACACAAGUCUCACGUUUUGAGUUGCUGCUGUAGUUUUUUUUUUAACAAUAUUCACAGAGAUCUGGCAUGUCUGGUUUAAGCUUGUUCACCUGUAGUGGAAAGUGGCUGCUAGGCUGCCAGUUUGACCCCAACUUCUUUGAAGUUGUGCCAUUGGAUCAUUAUGGGAUCUUUAAUGUGUAAAGAUGCAAGAUUCUUUGAAUCCUGCCCUGUCCUGUGCAAUCUGUAGACAUACUGAUAAAAUAAAUAUAAAAAAUAAAUAAAAUAGAACACAACACAUAUUUGCUUAAAUUGGCUCAAACAAGCAGAUGAGGUGGAGACUUUAAUUCUGUAAAAUAACUUGCAGUGGCCCGAAACAAACCCCAGGGGGAGCCAUGGACCAGGUCAUUCUGAGAGAGUUGAGCCCCUUUUAGGAAGCACCUGUGUUGAGGGGAAGCUCCCACCCCAGGUGUUCCCUAAGAGGGCUUCUGAAUCUACCAAGAUCAUUACUCUGUAGCGACUCCUGCAGGGUCAUUCUCCUCCCUGCUACAGCACAGUGACCAGCCUCUCCCUGCUCUCUCCUACUGUAACGAAGGCUCAGACCGGCUAUGCUGGGGGAGUGAGGAAAGGGGAGCACUUCAGAAACACAGGGAUCAUUCCCCAAGGACAUUUCAAUUGCGUUUUUUUUUUUUUUAAGACGAGACAUUUUCUCAUGUCGACGUUGCUUUGUUUUUUGGUGUGGCCGUGUUGCUAGCCGGGUGUUGUAAAGCCUAAUGCGUGUUGCUGGGAAACCAGACCCCACUUUGCAGGACAAGGCGGACUGGCAGGACAGGUUGCUCACUUCCGCUGCUUAGCUUGGCUCAGCUCCUCGGGGAGGAGAGGUACAGCUGACAUACAGCUGGCUUUCCUUGUUGGAAACAUGAACGCUCAGCAAAGAACAGCACAGAUGCAGGGUUGCUGCUGGAGGGAGAGAACCAUCACACGAGUGGAUAGAAAAAACAUUUGGCUGCCAGGCACCAGAGCAGUAGAACAAGCUUUUAGAAGCAACGACAGAAAUGCAGUGCAUCCUUGAAACGAGUGGGCACAUGGAGCAGGUAAUGCAGAAACAGACCUGGACCGCCCCUGUGACCCGUGAUGGUCAUCCUAGAAUCUUGUUACACAGUAGCAGUGCUGCCUCCACCAAUCAGUGAACACAUUUCCACAACUGCGAAAAAAGUCUCCGACUCUAAGGGCUUUCAGGGUUUAGACUCCACCCCACUGGCCCUGCUGAAACCCCUGGUCCUCCAUCCUUCCACUUCACAGACCCGUAAACUUCUCCGCUGAGAAGAAGCCUGCCACUUCCAGUAACCAGGCUGUGACUCAAAGCGUGACUCGUGCAAUGGGAUCCAAGCCAGGGCCGUAAGCAGGACCGGGGCUGCUCCACAGACCCCGACAAGGUGCUGUCCAGUGCACUGCAGUGGAGCGAGCCAAGGUUGACACGGACCCUUCCUGGGUCCAAUCUUUAAAUAUUAAUAAUAAUAAUAAUAAUAAUAAUAAUAAUAAUAAUAAUAAUAAUGAUAAUAAGCUGUUUGACCUAUUAACCCUUUGAGCACGCACCUGCACUUUAAACACCCUCCCUCUUACUCGUCUGCAGCGGUAGUCUUCAUCAGGAGCGUCUUGUGAAUGGAAGGUCAUGGUUUGUAACUGGUUUGUGUCUGCACUGCGUUUCCUUGGACCCACUAUUUUAACUGUAGUUUGGGGCUUUCAGUUUCUUUUUUAUUGGGACUGUGUCCCACAUAGAGAUCUUUAUUCUAUUUGUUUUAUUAUUCUAUAUAUUAUUAUUGCUGUAUGUUUCUGAAUUAAGCUUUCAUCGCUGCUCCUUGACUGUAGAUUUGCAGCGGAUUGAUUAUUCGCCUUCAAUUCCCAGUGCUGUCGAUGCUGCUGGUCAGUAAAAACCAGCGAUCCUGGAAACGCAUUGCAGGUCUAAGUGUUCAAAUGUUUAAAAUAAAGGAAAGAAACCCUCAGAUCUCAAUACUUUAUUGGUUAAAAAAAAACAUUUAAAAAACGACUCGUUCCAGCUUAGCACUGCCUUUAUCCUGAUCAUCCUAAACCAAAAGUUUUGAAUGCUUCUUUUAACUGGAAGGAUCAGACGGUCAGGGAAUACAGAUCCUCGGGCUGCCGCCAAUAGCAAAGCCAGCUUGAGACUCGCCAGUUCAGAACCACACAGUUACUGCCGGGACCGUGGAGAGGGCUGCAUGCUUCUAGACUAGCAAUGUCUCUGCCCUUCGUCCAGUACCUCACUUUGCCAUGACCUCCCUGCAGAUAUCAACAACAAUUCGGAUUCAUAGCUUGCCAAGGAAUCACUGACUAGUUUCUCUCCCUCACUCCCCAUCCUGGAUACAUGAGACAAGUACAAAAGGGAUGUCUUGGUUUGAAGUGUAAGUAUGCUCUAGCAGUGCAUGAAGGGUUAAUAUUAGACGAAGGCCUGUGACAGGGCCACUGUCAGAUUUUUUUUUUUUUUUUUUUUUUGCACAUCAAGAUAUUUUUUAAUAUCAGUAUUUUUAAUGGUUCGAAGUGCCUUAUAUUAUAGUUAAAAUGUAGAGGAUAUAUAUAUAUAUAUAUAUAUAUAUAUAUAUAUAUAUAUAUAUAUAUAUAUAUAUGAUAAUAUAUAUUAUAUAUAUCUCCUGAAGUACUGAAGUCACACGUUGCAGAAUUUCAGUUGUAAAAGUCUUACUUGGUGCAACAUAGCAGUGUGCUCCUGUUUUAGAGGGUGUUGACUAUGUCAAUGAAAAAAAAAAAGAAUAAAGUUGCAUUUGAGAAA